GAAACUUAGAAGAUGGUCGCAAUACUACCGCUGACGGAAGAACAAAAAAAGGUGGCCAUCACCGAAUUGGGUGAGGUCACAUCGAGAGUGCCCGAAGAUUUACAAGCUCUCAAGGAUUGGAUUAAAAAACAGCCGCAUUUGAGGGCCCGUACCGAUGAGCAAUUUCUCAUACAAUUCUUGCGUGGCUGUAAAUUUAGUUUGGAAAAGGCCAAGGAGAAAAUCGAUAAUUAUUAUGCCCUGAAAACGAAAUAUCCGGAACUGUUGAGGGUCACCGAUGUUGACGAUCCGGACUUUCGACGUUUCCAUAAUGUGGGAUCCUAUUGCGUUCUACCCACCCCCCUACACGACAAUGGACCACGUAUUCUCUUCAAUCAUUACACCUAUGGUCCCAACGAUUUCUCCAUCGAACAAGUUUUAUGCUAUGGUGUCGCUGUUUCUGAUGUCCUAAUGGUCACCGACCCACAGGCCUGCAUCAAUGGUGUAUUUUAUGUUCUUGAUUUUGCCAAGGCCACGACGUCCCACGUUAUGUCUCUCACCCCAAAUUUGGUCAAGAAAAUGAUUGAUUACUACGUGAAGACAUUACCUUUCCGUAUCAAGGGUAUUUGCUGCAUAAACCUGGCUCCCUAUGCUCUACAUGCCCUGAAGAUGUUGGUCGAAUAUGCACCGGAAAAAAUCAAAAAUAGGGUCUUCCUCUGCGGCAGUGACUUGAGUGCGAUCGAAGAGGAAAUCCCCAAGAAAUAUUUCCCCCUUGAAUAUGGCGGUGAAAAUGGCUCCGUGAAUCAACUCUAUGUGGGUUUCAAUAAAGUGUGGGAUGACCAUCGUGAAUAUUUCAAGGAGAAUGCCGACUAUGGAACUGAUGAACAUUUGCGUGUGGGCAAGAAAAUGAAUUUUGGUGGCGAUGUUGCCAUUGGCGGUUCAUUUAGAAAAAUCGAAGUAGAUUAGUGUUUGGAGAUAUAUUUUUGUUUUUGUUGGAAUGUGUUUUUUUUAUUGAAUAAAUUUUAAGGUUAUGGAAAAA